UUUUUCAACAAGAAGUGUGAGAUAACUGGAAGAAAAAUGGAGAACUCAUCUGCUGUUUUGACACUCUCUGGAUUGCAAGAAGCAAGAACAUACAGAUACAUUUACUUUUCCUUGACACUCUUUAUUUACCUACUGAUUAUCGUAUUUAACUUAACCCUGAUCUUGAUAAUCUGCUUGGAGAGGGACUUGCAUGAGCCCAUGUAUAUCUUCCUGUGCAAUUUGUGCAUUAAUGGACUAUGGGGCACUGCUGGGUUCUACCCCAAAAUCCUACUGGACAUUCUGUCGGACGUUCAUGUCAUUACGUUCAGUGCUUGUUUGGCACAGACAUUUGUAAUCUACACUUUUGUCAUGUGUGAGAUACCGCUGUUAACUGUGAUGUCAUAUGAUAGGUAUGUGGCAAUUUGCAGGCCAUUAGAAUUCCACACAAUCAUGACCCCCCUAAUGGUAAGAGGACUGUUGCUAUAUGCCUGGCUUCUUCCAAUGACUGAGGCACUGGUCAGUAUUAUUUUAAUGCAGAGGCUUCCCCUGUGCAGGUCUCACAUUGACAAACUGUACUGUGACAAUGGGUUCAUAAUGAAACUGUCAUGUGUCCCCACCACCCUCAACAGUAUGUGGGCGAUAGUCAUUCUGUCUGUGCAUGUCUUACAUGUAUUACUGAUACUGUAUACCUACGGGCAUAUAGUAAGUGUUUGUCUGCGAUCUAGUGAGGGGAGGGUCAAGUUCAUGGAGACCUGCGUGCCACACCUAGUAACCUUGGCCAGUUUUCUUGCCGCAACACUCUUUGACUUCGUGUACAGCAGACACAACUCUAAAGUCCUUCCUCUCAGUUUGCGCAACUUCAUGGCUGUAGAGGUCCUGGUGGUUCCCCCUCUGUUCAACCCCAUUGUGUAUGGACUCAGAAUGAAGCAGAUACGCACCAGAGUCAGCAGGCUCUUUAGAAACACCACUGAGUCACUCAGAUUUGGAGGUAGGACAGAGUGGCAUGAAAAGUGAAUCUUCCACACACAUGGAGAUGGGUCUAUUCAGAGAAUGUAAAUGCAUCUGACAACAGACAGCGAAAGUGGCCAGUACAGAUCAAACAGCAAUUAAAUGGUUAGAAAAUAAAAUUUCUAAUGCUUGGAUUGUUGUUGUUUUAACCCUUUAGACAGCUGUAAAAUCCUACAGACUAUAUUAAGAAUCAUUUGUAAAGAAAAUCACUAGUUAAGUAACAUGUUUCACUGCAACUUCACAGUGAAUCUGUGUGACAAAAACAGACACCAAGAUGCUUGGUUUUAAAACACAGUGUUAAAUCAAUUCUAAUAAAGUACAUUUUAUU